GCUGAGCCGUGCCGAGCCGUGCCGUGCCGGGCUGAGCCGUGCCGUGCCGGUCCGAGGCGGGGGCAGCGCCGGCUGUGCCCAGCCGAGAAGAAGCGAGCCGAGCCGUGCCGUGGCGUGCCGUGCCGGGCUGAGCCGUGCCGUGCCGGUCCGAGGCGGGGGCAGCGCCGGCUGUGCCCAGCCGAGAAGAAGCGAGCCGUACCGUGCCGUGCCGGUCCGAGGCGGGGGCAGCGCCGGCUGUGCCCAGCCGAGAAGAAGCGAGCCGUGCCGAGCCGUGCCGUGCCGUGCCGUGCCGGUCCGAGGCGGGGGCAGCGCGUCCUGCGGGCACAGGGCCCAGCCGGGUCGAGCCGAGCCGGAGCAGGUGCCCCAUGAUGUGUGAGGCAGGGCUGGUGGCCCCGGAGCCCUCUGGCCCCACGCAGUUCUAUGGGGAGGCAGCCGACACCUACUACCAGGUGGAGCGUUGGCAGAGGCUGCGCACGGCCGUCAGGAAGCUGGAGUUCUGGGAGAGCUUCAACGCUGAGCUCAUAGGCAGUGGCUUCUUCUCCAAGGUCUACAAGGUGACCCAGGCUGCUGCUUGUAAAGUGAUGGUGGUGAAGAUCUACAAGAACGACGUGGACCAAGAGGUGAUAGUGCGUGAGAUCAGCCUGCUGCAGAAGCUGUCUCACCCCAACAUCGUCAGGUACCUUGGGAUAUGUGUGAAAGAUGACAAGCUGUACCCCAUUCUGGAGUAUGUGAAUGGGGGGUGCCUGGAGGAGCUCCUGGCCAGCAAAGACAUUGCUUUGACAUGGAAGGAAAAAGUGGACUUAGCUUCUGACAUCACCAGAGGCAUGAUCUACCUGCACUCCAAGAACAUCUACCACCGAGACCUCAACUCCAAGAACUGCCUGAUCCGCGUGACGCCGCGGGGCCGCGAGGCGCUGGUCACCGACUUCGGGCUGGCCAGGGAGGUGGUGGAGCUGCCCGUGAAGGACGUGGAGAGGAAGCUGUCCCUGGUGGGUUCUGCCUUCUGGAUGGCUCCCGAGAUGCUGCGGGGAGAGCCCUAUGACAGGAAGGUGGAUGUGUUUUCCUUUGGCAUUGUCCUCUGUGAAAUCUUGGGCAGGAUCCCAGCUGACCCUGAAGUGCUUCCCAGGACUCAGGAUUAUGGCUUGGAUGUUGCAGCCUUCCAAGGGAUGAUCAGUGAAUGUCCCAGGAGGGUGCUGGACCUUGCUGCCACCUGCUGUCGGGUGGAAGCAUUUAAGAGACCAUCUUUCUCUGAAAUCCUGGAUGAGCUGGAGGAUGUUGCAGAGAGCCUGGAGCCCAGGAGGGACAAUCAGCUCUCAGGCUGAGCUGCCUGCCUCCUGUGAGGCCUGGCACAGUCACCCAAAUUGUCAAUUAACUGUUGAGGGGGGUCAGGAGUGAAGAAGGAAGGUGAGGAGGUGAGGAGUGAAGUGAUGCACUGGUGUUUGUUUAAUCAGAGUCUUAGACUGGAAAACAUAAUGACAAAUGGAGAAGGGACUUGCCAGGGGUGUGUUUUUCCUAGCUGUGUUUGUUAACAGAUGUAAUUAGGACACCAAGCAGCCUUGGUCUGUUUGCUUGUUAAAAGCAAAUGAUCCUGGAGGGACCCCAAUGCCCUUGAGGAUGCUUUCCAAGUCCUCCAACAGAAAUGUCAUCCUCUCCUGCUUCCCCCUGCCCCCUGGGCCCAGGGCCUUCCCCUUCUCCAUCCCCAUGGCCUUGGAGAUGGGGGGCUGGGGUCUGUGUGGUGUGAAGGGGAGAGGCUUUGGGAUGCUUGCUGAGCCUUCAAGUUGCCUUAUGUUUCAAAGCCUUAAAGCACUCAUGGGGCAGCCUCACAGGGCUGGAGGGCUCUGGGGUGCACCCAGGCCUGGAGGCAGCAGCCUUGGGGAGUCAGCAAAGGGGAGGGUGUGCCUUAGCAAGAGAUGAACUAACUCACUAAUGUCUCCUCUCAGAAGAGCUGUGUCAGACACAUGGCCCAACAUCAGGCAGUCUGGAUUUCUCUGGAGCUGUCUCCUCCCUUUCCCACUGCAAACAUGGCAAUGUGCACACUGCCAACAGCUGUGAGACUGAACCAGGGAGAGGUGGGUCCAGCAUCAUCCAGUACCCACAGCCUCUUUGGCAAUGUGGGACACCCUCAUGGGCUCCAGGGCUCAGCCAGGAAAGGAUUUGCUUUGUUUUGGUACUGUGUCUUCUGGAGGCCAGAGGAGGCUGCUGGGGCUGUGGAUCCAAAGCAGAGGUGCAAAGAAUAAUGGCUAGAAAUGGUCUGGUCCUUGCAAAUUAAGAGGUGAGCAGUUGAGUCCCUGCCCCUAGACUGCUGGGCCAGUGCUCUGGAAGACACAUUCUGCUGGGACCAAAAUGUUUGUGUGUGUAUAUAUAGGUGUAAUUUCUGUAUAGUGGUGGAGCUGUGGCAGAGCCACAGUCUUCACAGUUCAGUUCUUGUAGACUGUAAGCUCUUGCAGCAAGGAUCAUUCAUCUCUUCACCAAAAAGCAUUUGUACAGUGUUUAGCCCAAUGGGCCUUCAACCUACAGCUUGAAGGCUGUUCUCCCAUAUAGUGGUAAACCUACCCAGGGGCCUCCUCCCAAGCUCUUGGAGCUGGAUUUGGGGUCAGAUGUAGCCCCAGAUUCACUCCUCAGGGGAGCAUAAGGGAGUGUCAGCAAUGUGCUGGGCCAGAGAGGGAGUGAAGGAGCAUGAUGCACUUUCAACAGAGAUCAUAAGGAGCUGGGAGGUGGCAUGAAACACUCUGAAUGGCACCAGGAUCACCAGCUCAGCCACAGCUCCAGAGGCAUCUGCAGCUCCUCAUUCCCCAGAGGUGCUGUUGUGCUUUUGCCACAUACUGGCUUGUUUGCACAAGAAACCUCCUCCCAGCAAAUACCUUCAUUCCAGCUGGCUACUGAAAAGAAGGGAAGCUUUUCAACUUUGAAGGAGUGAGAGUUACUGCUUUUUGACUUGCACCAGUUUGAGGACGUUAGAGCAGUGGAGUGAAAUGGACUGCAACAGCACUGGUGUGGGGGGGUGUGUGUGUGUUCAGCAUCAGGCAGCCACCCCCAGCAUCACAGCAAUGUGGUGGGCAAAAAUCACAGGGUGUAUAUUUGGCAACUAGGAGACAGAGCUGAAGAGUUAACUGCAACCUGCCAAGGCUUCCCAGGCUCCCUGGACUCUUCUCCCAUAGAGGAAUAGCCUUGAGAAUGAAGAAUCCAACAGUAUGUCCUAACACCCAAAGCAUGAAGGAUGCAAAGCCUUUUCCAAAGGUCACCCUGGACGAAGGAUGCCACUGUGGCUCAGUCCCCAGCUACAUGUGUGGCUUUCACAAAGCCUUUCCCUGACCUUCCCCGUGCUGCCAGGCCUGCCAAGCUGGAGUUUGUUCCUUCCCUGCCUCCCCUGCACAAGAGGAGACUAAAUGAAGACCCCUCAGGAUACAGAUCCCUCCCACUGCCUGUUACAGGGUGAAGGUGUCUUGUUCCUGCUGGCCACCCACUUCCCAAGACCAGCAAGGUUUAGUGCUGGAGGUGCCCUGGGCUGAUCCUCCCUCCAGCUGUACAUCUGACUGACCAACAACUGUGGGACCAGGACCCAGCAGAGAAGGCCUGUGGAGUUGUACUUUGAUGGUGCUGUGGUGUGAAGGGAGAUCUUUUGAUGUUAUUUGUCUGCUUCAGGAUGAGAAGCCUGCUCAAGGAUUAAACAGACCUGGGGGCAGGGGAUAUUUUCUGCAGAGGAUCAUGUCAGCACAGUCUGAGCUGCAAUGGAUCAGAACUAUGUUUCUUCUGGGCUUGUGUGUCCCCAUGGACAGGCCACAUGCUGGGCCAAAGAGUGCCAGGUCCUUGCAAAAGGACCUUUGGUGGCUGCUGCAGGGGCAGGGGGGACCCAGCCUGUCUGCAGGCACUACCUGGACUAGAGAAGCUGAUUUGGGGGUGCUGGGGAGGUGGUCUGGGGAUUUGUCUGGUACAUCUUGUGGCUCAAGAGUUUCUCUUUGCUGGUAAGAGUUGGGAGGGAGAGGUGAGCACGGGAAACCUGUGGAGAUGCCCUCCAGGUACAAGCCCCUGUGCUGGGAGCUGCUCAGAUCUGACACAAAGCCCAGCUGAGUGGUUGGAUUUCAUGUCUCACAGCCCUGGCACUGAACUGAAGCAGCAGUGAUGGUGGGGGGAGCAUCUGGGCAGUGUGGCAGCUUUGCCUUUGCUGGACUUUGGCUGGGAGCUGCCUCCUCUCUCCUCUCUGUGGCCACUCACUCUACAGGUGGCGGUGGCACAGCCCUGGCCAUGCUGCCCCCUGGGCCAUGCAUCCCCCCAUCCUCCAUUGUGGCUUUGUUUGUUUUGUUUGUUUUUAUAAAUGCCAUUUGGAAAUAA